GGUCACGCAGAAUGCUCUCACAUCGUGCUGGCUGAAAGCUGAUCCGCCUGCCCGCGUGGGGUUUCCAUCCUCUCGGCUCCAUUCCCUGCUGCUGGCAUUUUGACAGCACCGAGGCCAACUCACCUCCUGUGCACAAUGAGCGAUGAGAAGAACCUCGGGGUGUCCCAAAAAUUGGUCUCGCCUUCAAGGAGCACAAGCAGCUGCUCCUCCAAGCAGGGAAGCCGACAGAGAUUCUUCUAUCUGGACAAAGGGAUCUUGAAAUAUGCCAAGAGUCAAACCGAUGUCGAGCGGGAGAAGCUGCAUGGUUGCAUCGACGUUGGGCUCUCCGUCAUGUCUGUGAAGAAGUCGUCCAAGUGCAUCGACCUCGAUACUGAGGAGCACAUCUACCAUCUCAAGGUGAAGUCGGAAGAUGGCUUUGAUGAGUGGGUUUCCAAACUCCGACAUCAUAGAAUGUAUCGUCAAAACGAAAUCGCCAUGUUUCCGUGCGAAGUGAACCACUUUUUCUCCGGGUCCACUGUCACAGACUCCACCUCCGGGGUGUUUGAGGCCGUUUCAAGUAGAAAGCGCAGCAGUAUAUCAAAGCAGAACUCAUUUCAAACCGGCAGCAACUUGUCGUUUUCUUGCGGUGGGGACACACGAGUUCCCUUGUGGCUACAGUCUUCGGAGGACAUGGAAAAAUGCUCAAAAGACCUGGCGCACUGUCACACCUACCUGGUGGAGAUGAGCCAACUGCUGCAGAGUAUGGACGUUCUGCACCGAACAUAUUCAGCACCAGCCAUCAACGCCAUCCAGGGUGGAGCUUUUGAAAGUCCCAAAAAGGAAAAAAGAUCGCACAGGAGGUGGCGGUCCAGAGCUAUUGGCAAAGAUGCUAAAGGAACGCUGCAGGUGCCUAAGCCUUUUCCUGGCCCGUUAAGACUGCACUCCUCCAACCCGAACUUAUCAACGCUGGAUUUCGGGGAAGAGAAAAAUCACUCUGAUGGCUCUGAAACCUCGUCGGAGUUUUCCAAAAUGCAGGAAGAUCUGUACCACAUUGCCCAUAAAGUUUACUUCACUUUAAGGUCAGCGUUUAAUACGAUCUCAACGGAGAGAGAGAAGAUGAAGCAGCUGAUGGAGCAGGAGGUCACCUCCUCGCCCUCUGUGCAAGCUGUUGGCCUGAAGCACGCCCUGUCAUCUGCCCUAGCACAAAACACAGAUCUUAAAGAGCGCUUACGCAGAAUCCAUGCCGAAUCCCUGCUCCUCGACCACCCUGCUGUUGCCAAGUUGGGUGACAGUCUGGCCGAGGAAAACUCGAGAGAUGAAAACCGAGCUCUGGUUCAUCAGCUUUCCAAUGAGAGUAGGCGCUCCAUCACUGACUCCAUGUCGGAGUUUUUCGAUGCACAGGAAGUUCUGUUGUCACCAAGCUCUUCUGAAAAUGAGAUUUCUGACGAUGACUCAUAUGUCAGUGACAUAAGCGAUAACCUGUCCUUAGACAACCUCAGUAACGAUCUAGACAAUGAGAGACAGACCUUGGGCCUUGAUCUUGAAAGUGGCCAAGAAGGGAGAGCCAAAAGGAGGACGUGCCUGCCGGCCCUGUGCCCCAACACCAGUUCCAUCAGCCUGUGGAACAUCCUGAGGAACAACAUCGGGAAGGACCUGUCCAAGGUGGCGAUGCCGGUGGAGUUGAACGAGCCCCUGAACACGCUGCAGAGGCUCUGCGAGGAGCUGGAGUACAGUGAGCUUCUGGACAAGGCUGCCCAGAUCCCAAACCCCCUGGAGAGGAUGGUGUACGUGGCCGCCUUUGCGGUAUCAGCAUACGCAUCCAGCUACUUCCGAGCUGGGAGCAAGCCGUUUAAUCCAGUGCUUGGAGAAACGUACGAAUGUAUUCGCGAGGACAAGGGCUUCCGGUUUUUUUCAGAACAGGUCAGCCAUCACCCGCCUAUCUCUGCAUGUCAUGCUGAGUCUGGAAAUUUUGUUUUCUGGCAAGAUGUGAGAUGGAAAAACAAGUUCUGGGGCAAAUCCAUGGAGAUCGUGCCAAUUGGCAUGACACACGUGACGCUGCCAGCCUUCGGAGACCACUUUGAGUGGAACAAAGUGACCUCGUGCAUACAUAACAUCCUAAGCGGGCAGAGGUGGAUUGAGCACUACGGAGAGAUUGUCAUCAAGAACCUGAGCGACGAUUCCUGCCACUGCAAAGUGAAUUUCAUCAAGGCGAAGUACUGGAGCACGAACUCCCACGAGAUUGAAGGCACGGUGUUUGACAGGAGCGGGAAAGCCGUGCACCGGCUGUUUGGGAAGUGGCACGAGAGCAUCUACUGCGGCGGUGCCCCCUCCUCCACCUGCAUCUGGAGAGCAAAUCCCAUGCCCAAAGGCUGUGAGCAAUAUUAUGGUUUCACACAGUUUGCACUAGAAUUAAACGAAGUGGAUCCAUUGUCAAAAUCUUUAUUGCCACCUACUGACACUCGAUUUAGACCAGACCAAAGGUUUCUAGAAGAAGGGAACUUAGAGGAAGCUGAAAUGCAGAAGCAAAGGAUCGAACAGCUGCAGAGAGAAAGGCGGCGGGGGCUGGAAGAGAAGAACUUGGAGCACCGGCCUCGGUUUUUCAGGAAAUCCAGCGAUGACUCUUGGGUGAGCAACGGCACCUAUUUGGAGCUGAGAAGAGAGCUUGGUUUUUCCAAACUGGACCAUCCCGUCUUGUGGUGAACAAAGGAAGGAGAAGCAGGAU